ACACGGAGGCAGGCAGAGCAGAUAGAGACUCAUUUAACACCCACACACACGCAGUAUUUAACGCUUAUUUUUCAAAUGUUGGCUCUCUGUCGUAGGUACGAACGAGAAGCGGGAGUUUGUGUGGCGGCAGUUCUCUUAAGUUCACUUAGGAUUUAAGACAGGCAAUUUUACACUGGCAUCGUUUUAGUAGUGUCCAGAAGUACAUGUUUGCUACUUUAUUGAAUAGGAUGCGCGUCUUCUCCAGCCGACCCGGUGCUGUUUGACACAUUUCCCCCACCGAGCUGGAUUCACUAACCGGUCUGCUUUCUUACCGGGGGAAGUUGGGCUCAUUUCAACUUUUCUGGCUGUACUUUUGAUGCCACGGAAAUGGGACCGCGCCAACGGGAGAGCGUGUCCGCGCUUUGUAGUAAAAGUUUGCUCUGGACUGUGCUGAUACUCUGGCUGACCACGCUUGUUGACGGGACCUGGAAGACGGGACUUUACAAAACCUACUCAGCCGGGACGCAGACAGCAGCCUCUCACACCUCAGUCUACCAGAAAAGGAACUGGUGUCCUCAUACGGUCACUAAGACAGUGACCUGCCAGGUGCAGAAUGGGACCCUCCUGCAGCGGGUCUACCAGUCGUGCCGCUGGCCGCAGGGAUGUACAGGAGGCAGCUACAGGACCGUGGUCAGGCCUUCCUAUAAGGUGGUGUAUCGCACUGUGACCUCUCUGGAGUGGAAAUGCUGUCCAGGAUUCAGCGGCGCUGCCUGUGAAGAAGAUGCAGGUAACCAGCUUGCAGCUCAAGAGGCAGUGAGGAAACCAUCCACGCUACGCCGCCCGCCUGCACGCACAGGAGAAACAAUCUCUAAUUGUCUCAACUGCAGUCGAAUCACAGCUUUGACGGACAGGCUGAGCUCACUGGAGGCAAAGGUCCAGUCACUCACUGCCCCGGCCUCCGCAUCACAUCGCCACCUUCAGAGCAAAGGAGGAACUGCACCAGAGGCCUCAUUAUUGAUGGGGGCUGCACCCGCUCAGGGAGCUCCUGGUGAGCAGGGACCAGCAGGUCCUCAGGGUGAAAAGGGGAGAGAUGGGCUUCCUGGCAGAGAAGGGAAGUCAGGGUCUCGGGGGCUGCCAGGUCCCAUGGGUCCUCGGGGGGAGUCCGGGACAAGGGGCCCGUCUGGAAGCCCUGGACUGAAGGGAUCCACAGGACCUUCAGGCCCCCGUGGUCCACCAGGACUCCCAGGAGAGAGGGGGCUUCCAGGCCCGCCUGGCCCUCCUGGGCCUCCUGCUCCGGCCAGUGCCCACAUCCCAGAACCAGACCACAGUCGUGGAAAAGAUCUCUUCUUCAGCAACACUUUCCAUGACUCACGAGGACUGCCUGUUCCAGGACCUCAGGGUCCACCCGGGCCAAUCGGCCCACCAGGUCCCAAAGGCCCAGUAGGACCUCCCGGCCCAUCAGGACAGAAUGGGAAACCUGGAGCCCCUGGAACGCUGGGCCCUGUGGGGCCAAAGGGAGAUCGAGGGGAGAGAGGUCCUUUAGGUUACCCAGGAGAGAGGGGCUUCAGAGGCGAGCCGGGAACACCGGGUCCAAAGGGAGAGCCGGGAGAGAAGGGUUUACCGGGGGACGGGAUACAUCAGAUCAGAGAGGCGCUGAAGAUCUUAGCCGAGAGGGUUUUAAUCCUUGAGACUAUGAUCGGUAUUCAUGAGCCUGAUCUAGGGUCUGGGGAUGGACCGUUUGGCACAGCCUCCCCUAGUUUCUACAGAGAUAAGCGAGCAGGUGCGCUUCCAUAUCGACUUGCUUCUCCUCUGUCCUCCAACACCAAGGUUCGAGGGAAGUAGCCCCCCCGCUCACCCUGAGGAUCACAGGCUGGGUUGACUCCCCCUCCUAUAGGUCUCAUCGGCACUCAACAGAUUUAGACCUUAUCUGAUACCCUUUGUGGGCUUUACCGUCAGAUUUAGGAUGGGGGACACCUCAGGGAAAGUCCACUGAUUCUCCACAAUGCCCUCCUCCAUCGGGAACCUGAGAACUAGUUUGACCCCCACCCAUCAACAUAACACUUAUCUUUACAUAACACACCCAGCAGCUCCUUCUGUGUCUCAUUUCUUUUGGCUACAGAAGUAAAGCCUCGGAAUAAAGAUGUUUGGAAAAAAAAGGAAAAAUCUGAAUAUUUUGUGGUGCUCCUCAAGCUACAAGCAGUACUGGACAAUAAGGGUCAUUCAGAGUAAUCAAUUAGAGGAGGAAUCAGAUGUGAGGAAAUAGAGACUGGAUUCGCGUUUGUAUUGCUUUCACAAUGUAACUGCAAUCUGAAGAGAUUCCACUAUUUAAGUAUAUUGAGCAUGUACAGUUUGCAGGACACAAGUACACAAACAAACCUCUUCUUCUAGUAUUCAUUUUGUUAUCUUCUAUCAUAUUGUUUAACUCAAUGUUAUGUAGUGCACUAAAAAGAUGAAGUCAUCUCUCCUCUAACUGAGAUAUGUGUUGCUAACAGUGAUUUGUAGUUUUCUGGUGUGCGUGUUUUCCCCCCUUAAAAUACACGCUGAUAAGCGAUUUAAUAUACAUAUAUUUACAUUUAAUCUGUGCAAAAAAACACAUUUGGGCUUGGUAGCAUAUCAAUGGAAAUGAAUUAUGUUGUAUUCUGGGAAGGAAACAUGUUGAAAUGCAAACCAUUCUGCCACUGGCUGUUCAUUUCAAGAUCUUUUACACACACACAGAGGAAAUAGCAAAACUGUUAAUGGAACUUGAACAUAUUUUUACCACUGUUGAUGGCUUAAACUGUCCUGAUGAAAAGACUUGAUAAUUGUUUUUUCAUCUUAUAUCAAACUUAUUGUGAAACUAUUUAAAUGAUCAAUUGUAUCUUAUUUUGUAUGCUGUUGUGUAACCAUUUCAUAUUUCAUUCAACAUUUUUUUCUUGCAACUGUAUUAUUGUGUUAAGAUAAUCGUGUCUAGAUGAUUGGUGUAAUAAAAUAAUGUUCAUUGUCUUUUUUUUUUUUAAACAUGUCACCUCAAUUUAUUUGUGUUGCAACAUUAUUCAUUAAACAAGAUCACAGCAUUAAUAAAUGACAUCCACUCUC